GCAUGUUUUCUUUAGGAGGAGAUGUAGUAAUUCAAAUGAUCUCCAAUGUGUUUGCCUUCUCGAAAUAUAAAAACCUAUACUUACAUUUUGAAAUUGUUUGAUGAUGAAAAAACUGUCUCAGACAUGGCGACAACGUGCCAAAUUUGUCGAAAAAACACCUUCAAAUAUAAAACGUACAAAACACGACGGUCAGAGACUGGCUUUUCCUUCUGCUCUUGAUGGUAAUUCCACAUCAUGUAACAAUGAUAUGCCAGUUGAUGAUAAAAUAGAUCAAAUGGUCUCUACUUGUGAUGAAAAGUUGGUGGAAAUAUCUCAUGAAAACUCAACUCGAUGCAGCCUUCUCUUCAAUUCAUUUGCUCUUGAUUCACAAGCUCUGUUUGCUGUUGAUGAAAUGGAACAAGAACAUAUGAAAUGUGUUUCAAAAACUUUGGAUAUUGCUAGUCUGUCCCCAAUUAUCCCUGAUAAACCUCUUCCAACAAAUUUAUCUGGUGUAGUUAUGGAUAAUAAUGAUAAGCUAGGUACAACUGCUGAUAGAAUUGAUCAAAUUUAUAAAUGUGGUGAUCAAAAUAAAUUCAUUAGUACACCAAAUGAUAAAUUUUUUGAAGAAGGUACAUCUGGGGAUAAGUGGGGUAAGACCAGUACAUCCAGGGUCAAAGAAACAAUAGGAAUGACCAAAGGUGACACAAUUGGUAUGUCAAAUAAAGAAGAUGGAUUAAAAUCAAAUAUUGGUGUAUGUGAUGCAAAGACUUCAAAGUUUGAUGAUGAAGAAACAUGCAACUCCACUCCAUCCAUGAACUUACAUGAAAGCCCAAAAACAAAUCAAAAUUUUAAAAUGGAUGGUGGCAUUAAUGAUAGAAGUUCUAGUUGCAUAAACUCUCAAGGCAGUACAACACAGGAUUCCACAGGUCAUUGCCUUACUCAAGAUCAAUGUACCCUGUCGUCAUGGGGAUUGCCUGCUAGCAUCUUGGAACAAUAUGACAAGAUCGGCAUCAAAACUAUGUUUGAAUGGCAGGCUCAGUGUCUCUGCACUGGGAAUGUCUUAAAUGGAGGAAACCUUGUGUACUCUGCCCCAACAAGUGCUGGGAAGACGAUGGUCGCCGAGAUUUUAAUGUUAAAGCGUAUCUUAGAAACAAAAUGCAAGGCUUUGUUGAUCUUACCAUUUGUUAGUGUUGCUCGUGAAAAGAUGUUUUACAUGAAGCGUAUGUUUGGUGGGUGUGAUUUGACGAUUGAUGGCUAUAUGGGUAGUCAGGUGCCAAGUAAAGGCUUUGACUCCGUUGACAUCGCUGUAUGUACAAUUGAGAAAGCAAAUGGUCUUGUAAAUCGUCUAAUGGAGUCUGGACAGCUUCAUUUGCUUGGUGUCAUUGUGGUGGAUGAAAUUCAUUUGAUAGGUGAUCCAUCUCGAGGUUAUCUCCUGGAGUUACUUCUCACGAAGGUUCUUUACGUCACGCAAAGCAUUAUGGAUCACAAUGUCCAAAUCAUUUGUAUGAGCGCCACUUUGCCUAAUCUUAACACUCUUGCCACGUGGCUCAAAGCUGAUCUAUAUUAUACGGACUAUCGUCCUGUACCUCUGACGGAAUAUUUUAAGGUCGGUACAGUUAUAUACGAUAGGUCAGGCAACGUGUCACGUGAGUUGGACAAGUCACAGCUGAUCGACGGUGAUGAAGAACACGUGUUAUUGUUGUGUCAAGAGACCGUUGUUCAUGGUAACGGCGUGUUGAUAUUUUGCCCAACAAAGUCCUGGUGCGAGAAAUUAGCGGUAGUAAUUGCAAAGCAUUUUAACAAAUUACUCGGUACAGCGGAACACGACCAAAAGGAGAGCCCACUGUACACAGGAAUCUUGGAUAUUGACGCUUUGAAGGAUGUGUUUGAGCAGCUUCGUAGUUGUCAAGUUGGCCUUGAUGGUGUACUCAAGAAAACAUUGCGUUAUGGCGUUGCUUAUCAUCAUGCAGGCUUGACUUACGAUGAAAGAGACGUCAUUGAAGCCGCUUUUAGAAAUGGCGUUCUCAAAGUUUUGGUCGCUACAUCUACCCUGUCUUCAGGUGUAAAUCUUCCCGCACGACGUGUGAUCAUCAGAACUCCGAUGUUUUACGGCAAACUUCUAGAUUCUCUUGUUUAUAAACAAAUGUCGGGUCGAGCCGGACGGAAAGGCGUUGACUCCAUGGGUGAAAGUAUUCUUUUGUGUAAAGCAAACGAACGAAAGAAAGCUUUAAGUUUAUUUGAAGAUGGAUUAAAACCUGUAAAGAGUUGUCUUGUUGUUAAGCGAAGUGAUGAGGACGAAGGUAACGGCAUCAAACGAGCUUUGCUCGAGGUCAUAGCGAGCAGUGUUGCCGUUACUCCGACUGAUGUUCAGAGAUACGCCUCUUGCACGUUGUAUGUAUCGAGUAAAACGCAAGAGGAUGGUGAAAACACUCAAACUAUCAUCAAAAACACGGUGGAUUAUCUAGUCAAGAACGAAUUUAUUUAUCUGAGAAACAAAGAAUCCACGGAAGAUGAAUAUGUACCGACACAACUGGGUCAAGCAACAUUGGCGUCUUCAUUAUCUCCUGAUGAAGCUUUAGUGGUUUUUACCGAUCUAUUGAAAGCUCGUAAAUGUUUUGUUCUUGAAAAUGAACUUCAUAUUCUUUAUCAGGUCACUCCAAUAUAUGUGCAAGAUCAGUGGCCUAAUCUAGACUGGUAUCAAUAUCUUCAACACUGGGAAAGAUUACCAUCACAUAUGAAACGUGUCGCUGAUUUGGUUGGUAUUGAAGAACGUUUUCUCAGCAAAGCCAUUCGUAGCCAACCUUCAACACGGACUCAUCAACAACGACAAAUUCUUCGUCUACAUAAGCGUUUCUACGUCACAUUGGCGUUGCAUGAUCUCAUCCAUGAAGUGGCGCUGGAUGUGGUCGCCCGCAGAUAUGGUGCAAGUCGUGGAAUGCUUCAAUCACUUCAAAGUUCUGCUGCUACUUUUUCUGGUAUGGUCACAAUAUUUUGUCAUAAAUUGGGAUGGAGAAAUCUUGAGAUGCUUUUGUCGCAGUUUCAAAACCGUUUAACGUUUGGGGUCGAACAGGAGCUUUGUGACUUGGUUCGAGUUUCAACGUUGAACGCUUUUCGCGCGAGGAUUAUGUAUGGCGCAGGAUAUCACACGAUUGCCUCUCUAGCGGCUGCCAAACCUGCUGAAAUUGAACGUCUUCUACGUAAUGCUACCCCGUUUCAGAGCAACAAGAAGGCUGAUGGGGAGUCUGAACGAGAGUUGCGUCGACGCAUGCGUGCUAAGUGUGUAUGGGUCAAUGGAGGAAGAGCGCUGACCGAGUUGCAGGCGGCUCAAGAGAUUGUAAGAGAGGCUUGUGUACUUCUUGAUGAAGACGCGAAAAAGUUGGGAAUGGGUUUGAAACUGGCGAAGACUUGGGAAGUUGGCGAAAAAGCUAUUAACGACAUGGAUGAAGAUAGCAGAAGUAAAGAAAGAGUUACUUGUGCAGAAGAAAUUUUAUUGGGUAAAACUGUUGAAUGUAGCAAAAAUUCGGAGUCUGGUGAGGUAGGUCGUAGUGAAGGUGAGAUCCUGGGGAAUACGAAGUAUGGCACUAGAGCAGAUCUUGUUUCAAGGGGAAAUCAAUACCAAGAAAUCAUGUAUACAACUAAAACUACUUCAUGUGGUCAAGACCAAGGAAUCACGUGUACAACUAAAACGACUUCACGUUGUCAAGAUGAAGAAAUCACGUUUACAACUAAAACUGUCGAUUCUCCAUCUAAUGGAAGCCCGGUUGAAGAAAGAAACACUGGAUAUCUUCUAAAUUCAAUAAAAGAAAAUAAGGUUUGUUAUAAUGUUGUUCGUGAUAACCAAAGAAUAAUUGAAGGAGAGCAGGAGAAAGGGCAGUGUUGUUUAGUAAAUAAUGAAAUCGAAAAAGGAGACACACAAAAGACCCAAAAAGAUGUUCCAGUUAUCCUACAUGAUGAAAACUGUGACAAUAAACUAAAAAUAAUCAAAGAAAAGACAUAUGCACUUGAUAACUCAAACCUACAAGAAGCAAAAGUUCAAUUCUGUGCUGCGUUUGAGAACCAAAAAGAACCAAAUUUCGAUAAUACUAAUGCCAAGGUAAAAUCAAAUGUUCGUGAGUAUAAAUCAGGAAAGCCAUCAAAGGUUCGUCAAACUCCUAAAAGAAGAAGAGACAGUCGUUUAAAACGUAGACAUUCCAUGAGCAAAAGCCCUCCUGAUAAAAAUGGACCGAAAAUAAAAGUUACAGAUCCCAAGACGGGUGAUUUGUCUUCUAAAAAACAGAGUGAACGCUUUCUAAAAACUCAAUCGAAAUCAAAAUAUGGGUUUAAAGAUAAACAAGAAAAAUUCUAUGCCGAUUGUUUGGAAAAUUUUAAUGUUACAGGGCAGGAAACACCGACGAGACGAAAAACUCGGUCUUUUCUUCAAUUGCAGCCGUCUCCGUGUAGGGAUAAACAGGAGGGAAAUAAUGCAAGAAACGGUAGAGUUCUUUUCAAAAACUUUCCCAGCGAUUGUAAGGGUGAUUCGGUUAUAAAGUAUGUGGAUGAUAGUUCUUCAAAUAACUGGAAAACUGGUAAAAGUAAGAUGAAGUCGGUUGAUUUAUUUGACGAAUUUUUUGAUGAUUCAUCGAAAUCGAAAAAAUGUGAUGGUGAAUCCACUAAAGAUGAAUCUGGUCUAUGUCAGAUGGCGCCAUUAUCCAUAAAUAUACCUGUAGAAAAUAAUGUUGAACCAGAACAUGUGAGUCCUGCAUUAAUAACAUCAAGUGAACACUAUGAUUCUAUUCCUAUUGUAUGUCCGACAAAAACGGAUUGUGAAAUAUUUGAUUCUAGUCCUGAGCUAAAUACUGAAACCAUAAUUCCAAAAUCAUCGUUCAAUUCAUGCCAAGAUGUGGUGGAAUUUGAUCAGUUUUCUGAAUCUUUGAGUUUCAAUGAUCUAAGUGAUACCAGCAUGCUAGAUGUAGAUGCCCAUUCGCAGGAUGACGAGAAACUGCGUAAAGAUGCUGUUAGAUGUGAAACAAAAAAGAGUUUUGAUGGAGUUAGUGAGCCAAAGAAAAUAUGCGACGAAACAAGACGUGUUUUAAAUGAAGGAGAGGGCAGCGAUGAUCAAUUUUUCACGUACAAAGAUUUAUUAACACCUGGAUUGUUUGAUUCGGAAAUAUCGUUUACACAAUGCAAUCAAGUUAUAUCGGUAAAGUCUGAGGUUAUGCAAUCAAACAAUAACGAACGUUGCAAGUCUUCCAUCGGUUAUCACCGUCAGGGUGACUCUAUACACGAGGAAAAUAUCGUUGAAAGUAUUUGUAAGCAAUCUACUGAGAAAGAAAUAAAGCGUUUUAGAGAAAAGAACGUAAGUCAUAAGAAAAAAAUGAUGUUUUCAGAGCAAGUGAUGGAGUCUGGAAAAUACUGUGUCGAGCCCGCAGAACAAUGUCAGUUGUCCGCUGACCGAUCUCAAUCAUCCCCAGACUCUUUCUCUUUGCGGUUGUCUCAAACAUUAGACUGCUCUGAUGAUUCAGAUCUAAGUUCAAAGACUCUUGCAGAGUUAGCAGCUCUAGAAGAAAAAGAAAUGGUUGGUGGGGAUGAACAGGGAUGUGCUCAACAUUAUAUUGGGAAUGAAGGUAAUAGGUGUGAAUACAAAACAACACAUCAGGAAAUUUUGGCUGAUCGUAGGGAUGAUAAAUAUAAAGAGGAGAUUAGUAAUGAUGGAGAUGGACCUCUUGCUAGUAAAGUUUUCACAAGUUUGGCUGAAAAAGGUUGUGUAGAAUUAGAAUUGUCGGAUAUUGAGUUGGUGAACAAUGAGGGCUCUCUGGAGGCAAAACUUGAUGAUUUGGGAUCUCAGGUGUUUCAAAAUGUUUCGAACAUAAGCGCGUCGACAUUAUCUGCAAUCGACAAAGAGUUUGAGAAACUCGAAGGGAGAGUUUCUAUGGGAAAAUUGUCCACUUCAUCGCCAGUGGUGACCACUCUAUCACCAAAGGUAACCACUCCAUUGACAAAGGUGACCACUCCAUUGACAAAGGUGACCACUCCAUUGACAAAGGUGACCACUCCAUUGACAAAGGUGACCACUCCAUUAUCAGCGUUGACUACCCCAUCAUCAAAAGAAACAACCAAUGAGAAACGGUAUACUGGUAUCAAGCAACGUCAUUGUUCAAUAGGAUCCUGGGUUGAUACGUCUUCGAAGUCUGCAAAAGAAAGAUCAUGUUUGAAAGAUGAGACUUUGAACGAACAUUUGUCAGAUUUCCCUCUUCAUAUCGUUGAUAUUACGAACGAGAAAAAAAAUUUUGAAAAUUUUUUUCAAGAGUGUAAAACGAAAUCGUUCAGUUUCUCGAUUGCUGUAGAGAAGAACGUUCAGGGUGGCCAUUCUAUUGGAAGAAGAUUCAACAAAACAGCGAUAGUUUCCACGUCUAAACUGAGGCAUCGUUUGACAAUUGAAGAAGACAAUCUUUCUGUUGUUGGAAUUGCCGUUUGUCUUCAAAAUAGUGAUUCAGUGAAUUAUUUGUCUUUGGACGAUCGAAACACACAGAGAGUGGCCUGGAACGAGAGGAUAAAAUGCUUGCAAGUUAUCAUGGGAUUGCAGUCGGACGAACACGUAAAGAUGGCUUUUGAUGUUAAGGAAAACUAUAAGUUGUUCUGUCGUGCAUGUGAUGUUAUCAUGAAAGGAAAAGUUGAAGAUCCUAAGGUAGCGGCUUGGUUGCUUGAUCCUGGAGCAAAGGAAAAAAACUUGUUGCAAUUGACACAACGGUUUCUACCAGAGAAAAGGGAUUUAUCUAAAUAUCUUGACAAUCGUUACAUGCGAACCCCACGUGAAAGAUCAUGUGUUCAAGCUACUCUCGUUAAACUACUGAUGGAUCGCAUGCGUCCAGUGCUACAGACGGAUGGACUGUGGAAUGCUUUUAAUACGAUUGAAAUGCCAGUUAUUUUCACCCUUGCACGCAUGGAACUGAAUGGUUUUGGUUUUUCCAACAACGAAUGUAAACAAAUUAAAAAUGUGUUACGAUCAAAACUUCAAACAUUGGAAAGGAAAGCCUAUCAUACCGCUGGCCGACAAUUUGCGCUUUCAAGCCCGGAAGAUGUAUCCCGGGUCUUGUUCUUGGAGCUCAAAAUCCCUCCUGGUGGACAUACGGAAGAUGCUACCUCACCUAAUAAACUCGUGCGACCCACGCGUGGAGGCAAACGUCGAAAGGUGAAAUAUUUCAGUACUUCCAAAGAUGUUCUGGAAAAAUUAUUAAAACUUCAUCCUUUACCCAAAAUUAUUUUGGAAUGGAGAAAAGUUAACUCUGCCCUCACGAAGGUCGUGUUUCCUGUAGAAAAAGAGCAGGUUGCAUGUGGUCCACCCCUAGGGAUGUCUCGAUUAUUCCCCAUCGCUUUGACAAACACCGCCACUGGACGAGUAACCUUUGUAGAACCUAACCUACAGAAUGUACCACGUGAUUUUGAAAUAAACCUAUCCACAGAUAUCCAUACCAAUAACCCGGAUGUACAUACCGGCACUUCUGUUGUGAGUGGUUCACCUCACGUGCCGUAUUCAGUGAGCCUGCGCAGUGCGUUCAUCCCGUUUUCCGGUGCAUUGUUAUUGGCUGCCGACUAUUCACAGCUGGAAUUAAGGAUAUUAUCUCAUCUGUCCGGGGAUGAAAAAUUGCUGAGAUUGCUAAAUACUGGUGGUGAUGUCUUCCGAAUGAUUGCAUCAGAGAUGUUUCACAUCGCUCAGAAUGACGUUUCCGACGAGCAACGUCAACGAUCGAAGCAUGUGUGUUACGGCAUUAUUUACGGUAUUGGAACGAAAGCUUUAGGAGAAGCUCUUCAAGUGGAUGAAAAAGAGGCUGGGCUGUUUAUGGAUGCUUUUAAAGCAAGAUUUACUGGUGUUCAGAAAUAUCUCAAGAACACAGUGAAUGAAUGUCGAAGAUUGGGUUAUGUUGUAACGAUUUCUGGACGUCGAAGGUACCUUUCUAAUAUACGAUCUUCAAAUGCAGCUGUACGAUCGCAUGCUGAACGUCAAGCUGUUAAUACGACGAUUCAAGGGUCAGCGGCUGACUUAGUUAAACAUGCCAUGACUAAUAUCGACAACCGGUUGUGUAACGUGUUCCCAAAUUGCUGGCGGACUCAUCGGCACUGUGGUGCUAGUUCCCAGUCUCGUGCGUUGGCUACACAGUCUGGAGCGUACAUGGUGUUGCAAUUACAUGAUGAGUUGAUGUUUGAGGUAGUUGAACAAGAUCUGCUGGCGGUUGCCAAUAUUGUCAAGAAGGAAAUGGAAGCUGCCAUGAUUCUGUCGGUAAAGUUACCCAUCAAAAUGAAAAGUGGUAAAUCAUGGGGCACAAUGGUGCCUUAUGAAUGCCCUAGUAGUAAUUAAAGUGGUACAAUGGUACCUUUUAAAACCAUUGAAAACGAUCACAAGUGAAUGAAAUACCAUGAUGUCUUUUGAAUAACAUCACAACUUAUUGACGUACAAUGGUAUUUUUGAAAACCAUUACCAGUAAUUGAAAUACAAUGGUACCUUUGAAAACCAUCACUAGUGAUUCAAAUACAAUGGUACCCUUUGAAUAACCUCACUAGUAGUUGAAAUACAAUGGUACUUUUUGAAUACCAUUAUUAGUGAUUGAAAUGCAAUGAUACCUUUCAAAAACCAUUACCAGUGACUGAAAUACAAUGGUACCUUUUGAAUAUCAUUAUUAGUGAUUGA